AUGGACGACGACCGAUGGCAAAGCUUUGCGGAUGCAAACGCCCUGCCGACGCAGGACCUUGGUCUCAUUUCGGAGACGGCGGAAGCGCAGGAACCUGCGCCUGGAGAAACAGAAGGAGAUGCCGCGAAGGAUGUUCCUUGGUGGUCACAGAGAGCCGCCGAAUGGGCUCGACAGGGUUGGAUUGGCGCUCUGAGCGAAAUAGCGGCCGCUCGGGAAGCAGCGAGAGUGGCGCCAAGGAGCACUGGGGGCAGCGAUGGCUACCUGAAGGACAUGGAGGAUCCCGACGCGGCCCCCGAGGACACGAUCAAGGAGGCGCCCGAUGGCACGAUCAGCCGCAAGCAGAGAAGGAGGAGUAGUGGGGCAAUGGGUUUAGGCAGCGGUGCCGGGGACUACAGCGACAAGCCGAGUGAGAAGAUCCCAGUUCCUUCUUUCUCGGGGCACUCCGGGGAAGAAGGGGAGAUAGGAAGCGCUGCGCGCUCCUUCUUGCGCAAAGUGGAAGCGUGGGAGCGUGUUACCAGGCUCCCCGAGCAUCACCGUGGCGUGGCUUUGUACUCUGCCCUCAAGGACCGAGCUUGGGUGGAGGCCGAAGCCCUCGAGCUGGACCAGCUGAGUUGCGAGACUGGGGUCUCGUACUUCAAGGCCUGGGUCCGCGAAAGGUUCAUGGACAUCGAGGUGACGCAGGUCGGCAGGAUCAUGAGCCAGUUCUUUCGAGUACUUAAGCGCAGCAACGACCAGAGUGUGAGAAGCUUCACGGGAGAUUUCGACAGGAUGGUUUCUCGGCUGGCCGAAGUGCAGGUGACUCUGCCCGAGACGGUGCUGGCUUGGAUGUUCAUAGACAAGCUGCGCUUGGACGAGACCGGGGAGAUCUCGCUCCUGGCCUCGGCCGCCGACCAGGAUGAUGAAGCCUGCGUGGUCAGCGAAGAGAUAGCGCAGGAACUUCACAGCGCUUUCCUCGCGCACCAAAGCGCGAAAUCGAAGUACGAAGAAGCAGUGCGCGGCAGAGGCUACAACGACGCCCAGAGCAAGGAGAAGGCGGCGGCGCGCCUUAAGCUGGCAAAGGAGCGAAGCUACUGCAGCGCCUGCAAGAAGAAAGGCCAUUGGCAUCGGGACCCUGAGUGUCCUUUGCAGAAGGGGGCCGCCGCCAAGACAACGCACUUCGCGCAGCCCGUCACCGUACACGUCGUGGAGGUGCACAUGGCCGCAAAGCCCAAGGGGAACGAGCUGGUGGCCAUCAUCGACACAGGCUGUGCGAGCACGGUGGUGGGUUACCCCUGGUUCGAGCGGUACAUGCAGAAAGCCGACGAGAGGAGCAUCACCUACGACUUUGCCGAUGACGGGGAAAGCUUUAAGUUCGGGGCCUCCAGGAUUUACAAAGCCGACUUCGCGGCUUGGAUCCCAGUGUGCGUGGGACACCGGUGGGUGGCAAUGAAGACCUCCGUGGUGCCCUGCGACGUGCCCUUCCUCAUGGGGCGGCCGGCCAUGAAGAAGCUAGACGUGAAGAUUGACUUGGGGCACGAGAGCGUGGACUUCGGCGCGCUCAAGGUGCGAGGGGUUCCCAUCGUGAACGCAGAGGGCGGGCACCCAGCCGUGGAAGUCUUUCCCGACGAAGUCGGGGACCCUCCGUCUUUUGAUUGGAGGCUCGUGAAAAGCGAGGCCCCUGCCGAAGGAGUCUGGUACAGCGAGCCCGCGAGUGCAUACAUGGCCGAAGCCACAGAGAGGAGGGAGAGGAGCGAUAAGCUUUUCUACGCUAAGCGUUUGCCGCCGACCGUGGAGGAUAUGUUGGCGGGAGAGGAGCUGAGCGCGGAGACCUUCCUUGGGUGGUGGAAGGGAAGCAACCUGCAAAAAGAUUUCUGGAUUGAGCGGGGGAACCUCCUGAUCCGGGUGCACGUGGUCCCUAGAAAAUUUCCGUUUUCCCCCCAAGGUUGGAACACAGAACAACAGCACCUCAAGACACAGCUCCUCCUUGCGCUGGGCCCUGAGUCGGUGGAAGAGAGAAUCCCAUGUCGAGGGCCACAGCUGGUAUGCAAGACCAUGCGUAGCUGGAAGCAGCCGGAAGCCAAGACGGAACCGCAUGCAUUGUGGAUCGGCCGAAGCACCUUUCGGAAGCAACCCGCCCCAGCGCCUGCCGCAGCCGACACCGUGAAGGUGAAUGUCGCGUCCCGCGCUAUGGAGCUCCAGGAGUACCAGAUCACGCCCCACCCGAGCUGGGGCAUCAACGAAGUUCGGGAGAUGCUCAAAGAGCAGCGCCAAGCACGAGCCGGGGAACAAGAAGCACCAAAGGGGCUCUCCAAGAUGACCCUGGAGCAGCUGGUCAACGAGGCCCGCCGCUGUGGAAUCAUCCUCCCCGAGAAGCCGACGAAGGGGGUCCUGGCCAAGAUGAUCCGGGACAGCAAGGUGGCACCGAACGACACCAUAGUGGGCUUCGGGAGAUACAGGGGCUGGGCAUACUCGCAGCUCCCCGGGGACUACUUGGAGUGGGUCCUGGCGGAAUGGAAGACAGCCGAGAGCUGCUGCGACGACCUGGCCCGACUGGCGCGCUGGUGGGAGGAGAAGAAGCAGACGCGAGAGGGACGGCGCAAGGCACCCGGACUGCCUGCAGACGAUCCGGAGAUGACAGCGACCGUGCCUCCGCCCCCCUUUCGGAGCAAGGCGGGCCAGAGUGCAGGGUCACAGGACCACGACUGGAUCCCCGUGAGUAUGCCUUCGUCUCCGGGCCACCGGUCCCCGAGCCCGAGGCGACGACGGCCCGAGGAGCACACCAAGGAGGGGAUCCAGAACGAGCUGUCGGAGCUGAAAAAGCGGAUGGACCUGCUCAUGGCGGCGGCUGCGGCCCUGGAGGAAGAGGACGCAGCCAAGAAGAAGAAGGACGCCCCAGCCAGAGGAGGCAGCUGGAGGCAGCAAAGACAGUAUAUGAGUGCAGCCGCUCGGCCGGAGCCGGGGAAAGGACGCUUUGGGGGGCAUCGGGGGGAACCGGCCGUCACCUUCUUUGGCGACAGGGAGGAGACCUGGAACAAGAAGGCAGCCGAGGCAACUUUCGAGCAAGUGGCCCUAGACCGUCCCGAGCUGCUGUGGGUACACCUCUCCGAGGAGGCCUGGAAAGAGAGGGGGACGAAGGCAUCACGGAGCGCUUUGCCGUCCGUCCUGAGCGCUAUGGAAGAGCAGGCCCUCGGCGAACGAGCCGUGGUCAUGACACACCCCGCGGCGAGCGCCCUAUGGAAGAUGCCCGGCGUCCUUAAGUGGGAGAACAAGUGGCCACACCAGGUGUUGCACUACAAGCGGAAGAGCGACAAGACCGGGGAAAUCGAGAGUAUGAAAGCCGUGCUCACGGACGACCUGGAAGUCGACCUUAAGCGCUUGCACGCCGGGGCCUUCCUCGGGGACGACCUAGUUAAGGCCGUCAUCCCGGGGCUGUCCGCUAAGAGCCCAGCCAAAGGGACAGCCAACGUCUACGUCGGCGACCUCGAGACCUACGACGUCGAAGAAUGGGUUCGGAAUGAGCCGGACACGGAGCCCACGCUAAAGGAGCACGGGGCGACAAGCAUCCGCUUCGACCCCAGGGUCCCCGCGGCGGUGCAGAGCACGCUAAGGCGGCUGCACCAGAACCUCGGCCACCUCAGCAACGGCGACCUGGCGAGGCACUUGAAGAUGUCUGGGGCCUCGAGCGAGGCAAUAAAAGCCUGCAAAUCGCUACGCUGCCGUACUUGCCAGUCAUGCUCGAGACCUGCGUCGGCACGGCCGGCAAAGCCGGUGCCCCUUCUUGACUUUGGUGAAGUUUUGGGGAUAGACGUGAUCCACCUGAAGGACGCCGUGGGCAAGACGCACUACGCUUUGAGCAUGGUAGACUAUGCCUCCACGUUCCAUGUGGUGGUUGUCGUGCCCGACAGGACUGCGAAGACCCUGGCGGGCGUAGUUCGUGAUCAUUGGGUGUCGUGGGCCGGGGCGCCCCGAACCUUUGCCCUCGAUCUGGACUCGGGCUUCAAAGGAGUCUUUGACGAGAUGUGCUAUGAGUUCGGGGCCUUCAUGUCACACGCGGUCGUGGACAGCACUAUGGUCGUGGACUACGAGGUGGCGUGGGCCGCGACCGAGGUGAACAACGCGAAGAACCAGCUCCGCAACAAGGACGGCUACUCCCCGCGACAAUGGGUCUUCGGAGUGAAUCCGAGGAUCCCCGGAGACGUGGUAGAUGAGGAGAACAACCUGGCCGCCAUGAGUCACCUCACCGUGGACGCCCGGGUGCAAAGGAUGAACGCAGUGAGGCAAGCAGCAAGGGUCGCCUUCAUUCAGGUCCAGACAAGCCAGUCUGUGCAGCGAGCGCUUCUCCACCGGAGCCGGGUGAAGAAGACCCACUAUGAGCCGGGAGACCUUGUCUUCAUCUACAGGGAGAAGCGCCCCGAGAAGCACAAGAAGCCGGUCCGAAUGUGGAUCGGCCCCUGCACCGUGGUGGGCGCCGAAGGACAAAACCUCUGGGUAUCGAAAGGAGGCCGGUGCCUGCUAUGUGCUCCAGAACACCUGCGCCCAGCCGAAGCCGAAGAGAUUUCAGAGCUCCUCAGGGUCCGGGCCUCCAUGGACGACGUGCAGGCCAUCAUCGACGAGGACAAGUCUCUCAAGGUGGCCUUCGCCCCCGAAGAGGGGCCCGAUGAGCAGCUCCUGGCGGAAGAGACGGACGACGAGGAGGUCCUUAAGGAGCUUCUGGGAACAGAGCCGAGCACACUAGAGGAAAGCAUGAUCGAGCUCGAGAACAUGGACUGGGACAAUGUCGUCGAUCGGCGGCGCAAGUGCCUCGACGACCUACCCCACCAGGUGAAGGAGAACAACAAGAAGGCGCGGACCGACGAAGCGAGCCCCGAAGACGACACUCAGGGCAGGAUUAAAGGCUGGGCGCGGGAGGUGAACUUCGGCAAGGUCGCGGCCACACAGGCUAGUCGCGAGAAGCAGCUUGAGAGCGAACUGCCUUGGAGCGCAAUCGACCCCGAGGACCGCCCGGCCUUUGAACAGGCCGAAGCAAAGCAGUGGAACGAGCACCUACACUUUGGAGCAGUGAGGGUGCUCAGUGAAGCCGAGACGGCCGCAGUCCUCACAGAGGUUCCCGCCGAGCGCGUGCUCAGCUCGAGAUUCGCCUACAAAGAUAAAGCUCGAGCACAACGGCUUCUCGAUAGCACCGUCCCGGUGCGGGCGAAAGCCCGAUUAUGCAUCGGGGGGCGCCGUGACCCCGACCUGGGGGUCCGGGCGCUAGCGGUUGACGCUCCCACCGCCAGCAAAGAGAGCCUAAUGCUGGGAGUGCAGUGUGCAGUUUCGCUGGGGUGGGUGGCAAGCAUCGGCGACGUGCAAGCAGCCUUUCUCAACGGUGUCGAGGCACCUCGGGGGUUGUUCUUCAGACAGCCAGCCCGAGGACUUCCCGGAGUGCCGGCCGGGCGCUUGAUCGAGAUCAUUAAGGGGGUCUUUGGGCUAUCCACGAGCCCGAGGCUAUGGUUCGAGAAGCUGGUGAAGGACAUCCUCGAACUGAAGCUGCAGGGCGACGGGGACGAGUUCCAUUUCGAACAGGACCUCAUCGACCCUUGCGUGUUCCAGCUUGUCGACCGCAGCGGCACCACCAGGGGCCUCCUUGAGACACACGUCGACGACCUUCUCCUCCUGACAGAGGAGGGCCUUCGGAAAAGGGUGCAGGAGCGACUAUCGGAAGCGUUCCCUAUCUCUGAGUGGGAGGACGACAACUUCAAGUACGUCGGCAGCACCUACGAGAAGAACGCCCUGGGGUAUAAGAUCACCCAAGGGGACUACGUGGAUGAGCGACUCAAGUUCAUCGAGCUGCCCAAGGGCCAGAACAAGGAGGAGGUCGACGCGAGGCUCUUUCAUGACAAUCGCACGGCCGUUGGUUGCCUGAGCUGGCUGGCAAAGGAGACCCGACCGGAUCUAUCGUGUGCCGCGAGCUUUGCACAGUCACGCCAGGGCAGCCCCUCGCUCCAGGACGUGAAGGAGACCAACAAGGCGAUCCAGCAGGCCAAGGAGUUCCGCAGCGCCGGCGUGCAGAUCACCCCGGUCCCCUUGGAGAAGAUGAGCCUGGUGGUCUUCCACGACGCCGCCUGGGCUAACGCCGAGACCGGAGACGAGGCGCUCGAGGACCUUGUCGGACACAAGGUCGGUUCACAGAUCGGCUACAUGGUGCUGGCGGUCCACAAGGACGGGAUCGGCUGCCGCCCUUGCGAGUGCAGCCUGCUGACGUGGAAGUCCCACUCCUGCAGACGAGUGUGCCGCUCCACGUUCGCCGGGGAGACCAUGGCAUGCUGUGAAGGGAUCGAGUGCGCCAUGCACUUGAGGGCCCGCCUGCUGACGAUGCUACGGAGGCAGCUGGUCCGAGAGCCGGAGGCUGCCGUUGCCAUCCCGAUCCACGCCGUCACUGACUGCAAGAGCCUCUACGACUUCGUGCACCGAUGUGGAACGCCGAAGCCGACUGCAGACCGGCGGCUCAUCAUUGACCUCGCCUCCCUGAAGCAGAUGUUCCAGAACGAGGCCCGCGGCUGGUGGCAGCGCGAGAGGGGCGACGAUGUCCCCGCCGUAGACGACCCCCUAGUCAUUCCCUUCCACUGGGUGCCCAGCGGUAGCCAGCUAGGAGACAUACUUACGAAGCAGAUGAAGGGCUUCACAGGAGCCUACUUCAUCAUGGGCCUUCUCCAUCAAAGGCUUCUCGCAGCACGACUGCUUCCCCAGAGUCGACUACCCUUAGCCGUGGCCGGACGCUUGGAAGGAGACAUGGGCGUACUGCGCCAGAAACAGGUGCCGAAGCCCCGCUUCUUCAGCGGCGGCGGUGGUGGUCUGCCGAGCCCAGAAGACCCGUGGAAUUGGCGCUCCGUCUCCAAGGGCCCAAUCCCACCGAUCCUUUUGCUGUCCAUGGUGGCGAUCUGGAUGAACACAAACAAGAGCUGGGACGGUGGGCCGAAGAUGCACAGCGUCACCUGCAAGAUUUUCGGGCCGAACAUGCCAUUCUGA